AGGCACAGCCCAAGUCCUCUCAACAGAUCAGUUGAGUACUUGAGUUGAGUUGAAGACUUCUCAACUCUCAAGUCAAGUCUCAACACAACACAGCUCUUAAUGUCGGCAUUGACACCUGUGCAGGCUCUCCUCCAGUAGAGUUUCUUUGUCGUCACAUUGUGUUUCCCUGUCUCUACAUCCGUGUCUAUAUAAAACACCACUUGCUCUCUCGUAAUACAAUUAUUAUUAAUCAUCUCCAUUAAUUUAUCAAAUUCACUGCUCCUGCUCAGAAUAUCUUGAUCAUCAACCUUCGUUCAAUUGCCUCCCCAAGUGGUGCUGCUGGCAAUCAGUCUAUUUCGACUGGUUGCCAUUUAACUUAUGAGUCCUCAGAGCGCUCUGAACAAGAGUAAAGCUCUGGAGGGCAUUCACGGAGUUCAUUUGGUACCUCAUUCACCAUUUGUUGUGGAAGAGAUAAAUCAGCAAGAAAGCUUCCAUCAGUCGUGCUCCCAAACUUCAGUUGUUGGACCUAGUCAGUUACUGAUAUUGCAGAGAGUAUGGCAGCAAAGACCUUCAUGUCUUAGACCUAUAAGGUGUUCUUUGCAUGGUGAUCGAAAUCUUGGAGAGACAAUUGUUAAUGUGCUUACUUCGCUACCUUUUGUUGCUAUCGGAAUCCAGGCCCCAAGAAAGAACCUUAACUGUAAGAUCUAUGCAAACUCGUUAAUAGGAGUGGGGAUUGCCUCAAGUUUGUACCAUGUCUCAAGAGGCAGUUUGAGAAAAUAUACGAGAUGGGCUGACUACACUAUGAUAGCUACAGCUACAGUGUGUUUGUCAAGGGCUCUUCGGGAGGAAAACUCAAAGUUGUUAAUGGCAGUAUCUGCUUUGGCUCUACCAAUUCAGCCUCUGAUGGUUUCAGCGGUUCACACUGGGAUGAUGGAGGUUGCAUUUGCAAAACGAGCGCUCAAAGAUCCAAAUCUGAAGAUGGCACACGACAUGCAUAAAAUGUCAUCGCUCCUUGGUGCUGCACUCUUCAUUGCUGAUGACGCUCUUCCACAAACCCCUUUCCUUCAUGCUGCUUGGCAUCUUGCUGCAGCGGUUGGUGUUGCUACCUGCAAUAAGCUUCUUGAAUAGCAUCGAGUCUAGAUUAUAGCAAAUUUGUCGAAAAGUCUCAUCUCUCCUGUGGAACUGGCAGCUGCUAGUAUAUUGUAUCACUAGUUGCAGCUUGAUGGUUAGACUUAGCUCCACAGGUUUCACACAACAUCACAUAUCUAUGUAUAGCUUUCCAUUUGUAGGAAAUUAUUUGAUUGACGAUCCGAUUUCUGAACGACCUUUCUAUUAGCAACAAUGUACUUAUGUUAAAAAGUUUGAUGUGUGUAGUAUAAUUGUGGCGGAUAUGUGUUGUUUC